AUGCUGAGCGUGCAAGUGAAGCUGCUACUGCUGGUCCAGCUGUGCCUGGCCGCCUUUGCCGCCUCGCGGCCCGUGUCUAGCGUGCCCUCGCUGAUGAAGCGCGCCUCGGACAAGGUCGGAUAUCUGUUCAUCCACUUUUACGACGACUACAAGGAGCCGGGGGUCUACACCACCUACCCUGCAGGCGAGCAGGUAUUCGGACAUUUGUCCAACGGCAACGAUGCGCUGUCGUACAAGCCGCUCAACGGUGGAGCGCCUCUGCUCACCUCGACGGUGGGCACCAAGGGCGUGCGCGACAUGUAUCUGGUGAGCAAAGGUGACGAGUCGCAGCACUACAUCAUUGCUACCGACCUCAACCAGACUGCCGUCGGCGGGUUCAGCAGCCCCUUCCUCAGCCGCAGCCUUGUGGUUUGGGAAUCCGAGGGCGCGAGUUUGACAAAGUGGAAGCCUUCGAGGCUGGUUGAGGUGGUGCCCGACACUUUCCGUAUGGCUUGGGCACCCGAAGCGAUCUGGCUGGAUGACGAACAGCGUUUCCUGGUGUACUGGUCGUCGAACAAGUAUGCGGAUGCUUCGCACACGGGUACGCCCGACUACGACAAGAUCUACUCGUCCUACACCACCGACUUCAUCACCUUUACCGAUCCCGAGGUGUUUAUGGACCUGGGCAACAAUGUGGGCGUGAUUGACCUCACCAUCGGUCGAGGGCCCACGUCGGGCACCAACCAGUACGUGCGCUUCUUCAAGGACGAAAGCGUAUACAAGGUGCGCGGCCAGGUGAGCAAUUCGGGCAUUCAGGGACCUUGGGUCGACAUUGGCUCCGCCACCGAAUACGUCGACAACAACAACCAGGCCGAAGCCCCGAUCUACUUCCAGGAGAAUACCAGCAACAGGUGGUUUGUGUUUUUGGACCAGUACGGCCGCUCUCCCGCAGGCUAUUAUCCCUACAGCGCCGACAACGGUAUUGAUCAGUACGGCUACACUGAUCUCGGCUUCCCGUCGGGCAUGCCUACGCAGCUCAAGCACGGCAGCAUCAAGCCACUCACCCAGUCGCAGUACGACGAGAUCAGCGCCGCCUGGGCGUAG